GAGAGAGAAAGGGAAAGGGAAAGGGAAAGGGAGAGUGUGCACGCGCGCGUUGUCUCCAGUGUACUCGGAUACCGUGCCGUUCCGUUCUCACACUAACGUUACACGACGCGUCCGAGGGCGUACGUCUGCGCCUCCCUCGCUCACUGUGCGUGACGUCAAAUCAGCAUGGCGGUCAAGGUGCAAUCUACCAAACGCGGGGACCCAAGUGAGCUGAAAUCAAUCUUUCAGAAGUAUGCCAGCGUAGCAGACACGGAGGGUGAGAGGUUUAUGACCUCAGGGGACUUUGUCCAGAGGUAUCUUGGGCUCCACACGCAGAUCCACCACAACCCCAAAACUGUACAGCUGAUCGCUGCUGUGGCCGACACCACAAAGGACGGGUUGAUCUCGUUCCAGGAGUUUCUAGCAUUUGAGUCGGUGUUGUGUGCGCCCGACACUCUCUUCAUCGUAGCGUUCCAGCUGUUUGACAAGAAUGGAAGUGGAAACAUUUCCUUUGAGAAUGUACGGGACAUCUUCAGCCAGACCACAGUGCACCACCACAUUCCCUUCAACUGGGAAUGCGAGUUCAUUCGUCUGCACUUUGGACACGACCGCAAGAAACGCCUCAGCUACCUCGAAUUCACCCAGUUCCUGCAGGAGCUGCAGUUGGAGCAUGCACGGCAGGCGUUUGCCCAGAAGGACAAAGGGAAGAAUGGCGUCAUCUCCGCCAUGGACUUCAGUGACAUUAUGUCCACCAUCAGACACCAUGUGCUCACACCCUUUGUGGAGGAGAACCUUGUCUCUGCUGCAGGUGGCAAUAUCUCUCACUUGGUCAGCUUCUCCUACUUCAACGCCUUCAACUCCCUCCUGAACAACAUGGAGCUGAUUCGCAAGAUCUACAGCACGCUGGCUGGCACGCGGAAGGACACGCUCCUGACUAAAGAGGAGUUUGUUCAUGCUGCCAACAGAUUUGGUCAGAUCACUCCCAUGGAAAUUGACAUCCUGUACCAGUUGUCUGGCCUGCACUCCCCCUCAGGGCGCAUGAAUCUUGCUGACAUUGAGAGGAUUGCUCCACUAGAGGAAGGAUGCCUGCCUUACCACCUGGCUGAAACUCAAAAACAGGCCCAUGGGGACAGUUCCAGGCCUGUGUGGCUCCAGGUUGCAGAAUCAGCCUACAGGUUCUCCCUCGGCGCCAUCGCCGGAGCUACGGGAGCGACGGCAGUGUACCCCAUCGACUUGGUAAAGACUCGUAUGCAGAACCAGAGGUCCACAGGGUCCUUUGUUGGAGAGCUGAUGUACAAGAACAGCUUUGACUGUGCUAAGAAGGUGCUUCGCUAUGAGGGCUUCUUUGGCUUCUAUAGAGGUCUGGUCCCUCAGCUUAUAGGUGUAGCGCCUGAGAAAGCUAUCAAACUUACAGUGAAUGACUUGGUCAGAGACAAGUUUACCAACAAGGACAACACAAUCCCUUUUGCUGCUGAGAUUCUAUCCGGUGCAUGUGCUGGCGGCUCUCAGGUGAUCUUUACCAACCCUCUGGAGAUUGUGAAGAUUCGCCUGCAGGUGGCAGGCGAGAUCACCACUGGACCUCGAGUCAGUGCAGUCAAUGUGGUUCGCGACCUUGGCUUCUUCGGCCUCUACAAGGGUGCUAAAGCAUGUUUCCUAAGAGACAUCCCCUUCUCUGCCAUCUAUUUCCCCUCGUACGCCCACCUCAAGACCUUGUUUGCUGACGAGCAAGGCAGGCUGGGACCACUGCAGCUUCUCACUGCCGGAGCGAUUGCAGGUAUCCCUGCAGCCUCCCUCGUGACACCUGCCGAUGUCAUCAAGACACGUUUGCAAGUCGCAGCGAGGGCAGGACAGACUUCUUAUACAGGAGUCCUCGAUUGCUUCAGGAAGAUAAUGAAAGAGGAGGGUUUCAGGGCUCUGUGGAAGGGAGCUGGAGCUCGUAUGUGCCGGUCUUCUCCUCAGUUUGGUGUGACACUGGUGACUUAUGAGCUCUUGCAGCGAUGGUUCUACGUUGAUUUUGGAGGACAUCGUCCGGCAGGAUCUGAUCCCACACCCAAGUCUCGGAUCUCCGAGCUUCCUCCCAUUAACGCCGACCAUGUCGGAGGCUACCGCCUGGCCGCAGCAACAUUUGCCGGUGUGGAGAAUAAAUUUGGCCUCCACCUUCCCAAAUUCAAGUCUUCCGGCGUGGUUUCCAUCCACCACUCGGAGCCAGUGGCUGCCGCGCCGGCUCAGGCCCCAUAGAGGUCUGAACCUCCAUAUCACUUUGCCAUCCCUCUCCUCCUCUACCAGGAGCCAGACACUUUGAUAGAUACACAAACAAAACACGCACAGUUGUAACACACUCCAGGAAUAGAGUUCAUUCAUUUAGACACAAACACCAGGUGACGAUGUGCUCCGCUGGUCCCCAGCCAGAGGUGGAGGUGGCGAGCUGGCUGCAGCUGUGGAUGUAACCGCGCAGACAGCGACGGGACCAGAGCGCUGACUGUGUUGUAUCUUCGGUGGCUGGACGCUCCUGGCAGCUCCAUCUUUUGUGUUCUCUCCAGCAUUCGUAUAAAACGGAGCCUCGGCACUCCCCUCUUUCAUGACUAGGUGAUUUGAUUUUCAUUCUGUUUUCCGGCUCAGUGCGAGCAGGACUUCUCUUAUUGGACAGCGGGCAUAGAAAAUAUUAGGUUGUUCAGCAUGGUGUUGGGCUUUACUCUCGAUUGGUCCUUCCACAGGAGGCUAGAUACUGUACAUAUUGUAAAACUGUAGUGAGACAGUUCAUUGACAGGAAGGAAAAUGAUACAAGACAACGGUAUAUACAGUAACUGUUAUGGGAAUGUGGGGCCUUUGGUCUUGGUCACGGACUGAUGUACAGAUCUUUUGAAUUAAGGAUUUUCUUGAUUAAAACAAGAAUCAUGAGAUAAGAAUUAGUUAUUAAUAAAUUAAAUGUAUCUCAACUCGGUCACUGUAUUUUAUUGAAAUAAAUCAUCCAUAUGGUUUUAAUUUUA